CUCAUGCAGGUUUAGAUGAGAAAAAGUCCGUGUGCUACUGAGUUGCUAUGGAAACAGACGCACAGUAAGCUGCUUACGAAUUGAAAAUGGAUGUACUGGGAAACUUGGAAGUUCGGUGGGUGCAAGGAUUCACCAAUGGGACAUUUAAAUUUGUCGACAAGAAAACAGCAUGCUACCCCUGCGGAGAUUUCAUUGUUUUCCUCAAUGUGGAAACUAAAACGAGGAAGACUCUGCAGAGUCCUGCUUCUGGUAUUGGGGCCUUUACAGCAAGUGGACAUCGCAGGUGUCUUGCUUUCUCUGACCUCAGACUGAAUCCUUCCAUCUUUGUCUACAACUAUCCAGAGCUUGAGCUAAUGUGUGAACUGAAAGGUACAGCUAAACUGGGCUAUACAACUUUGGCACUGUGUGAUACUGGCCCUUAUUUAGUCAGUUCUUCCUCCAAACCUGAUCAAACCAUCACCUUAUGGAACUGGGAGAGUAAGAUUCCACUUUGUAGCCAUCCAGUUUUGGGAGAGGACAUCACUGCACUGGUUUUCAACCCCAUGAACUGGUGUCAAAUUUGUGCUGUAAAAUCUAAAGCCCUUACCAUCUGGAAUGUUGAAAGAUGUGGCAACUAUCAUUUGAUGAAUCCCAGUGCUGUUGAUCUCCCCGCCACUGAUGGUUCAGCUAUUGAGUGUGAAGCAAGCCCGUCUCAUAUGCUCAGUGGGAAGCUGACCCACCUCAGUCUUCAGAUGCCCACUUCAGCUAUCGCUGGACUGAGUGGAGACAAAGCUGAUGACUUUGUGCAUUUGAAACGAAUAAAAACAAAACUGUGUCCAAGUGCCACCUGCUGGUCAACUUCUUCUGACCUGUAUGUUGGUUGCAAGGAAGGUUUCCUGCUUUGUGUGAAUCCUGACACUUUGCUUGUCUCUGUCCUGUAUAAACCCCAAACUGAUGUAACCAGCACAGAUGACAGUGAAACGUCACUACAAGAGGGCAGUUUCCAGAGCUUAGCACUGCAGGACUGUAAUCUCUUUGCUACAGGAAUUGAAGGCAUUUUACGAAAAAUACAUAUGAAAGGAAACAAAUUAGAGGUAUUGCAGACUUGGGCUUUGGAUGAGGCAGCCUCGGCUAUAUGCUUUUCCCCUGACUGUGAGACACUGCUGCUAACUUCUAACACAGGCUGUGUUUACAGAUUCAAACCAUUUCUGAAGGAUAAAAUUGUCAAAGUCCUUGAUGUCCUCUGUGGAGAUUUUGUGGCCGUUGCUCCAAUCUACACUGAUAGAAGCGUUUGUUUGUCAGUCAGAGAAGCAGGAGACGUACAGCUGUGGGCUCUGGAUGAUGGACAAUGCAUGGGCUCUAUCUCUCUGCAAACACAUGUGACCAGUAUGGCAUGCUGCCUCCUAGCGCAGUAUGUUGUUGUAGGGACAGCCACUGGAGAUGUCCUAUUUGUGGAGAUGACUACAAAACAGAAGCCCAGACUAGUUCACAGAGUUCAUUUCUACCAUGUCCCUGUAGACCAUUUAGUGUUUGAUCAAGGUGGCAACUUCUUAAUCACAGGAGCAUCAGACUCACGCAUGUUUGUGCUGAAUGCAAGGCCAUCAAAAGGAUUUGAAGUUAUUGGAUGGAUUGAGGCUCCAGGUGCCAUUGUAAGCCUUUCCACUCAGUACCAAAGGGAAAGCGGACAGGUUAAAGUGCUGGUGCUAUGCAACAAGACAGGGACAGAAAUUAAUGAGGGAAAUGUACUUCUGUUACUGACGUUGUUUGUGCAACAGUUUACAGACUCAACAAGUUGUGUGGAUGUCUACGGCCAUCUGCGUGAAGAUGUCCUUCACAGCUGUUUGUACGAGCUCCCUCACGCACUUUGUUCUUGUGUCCUGGCCACAGACAAGAUAUUUGGUUACUGCCAACAGAGAAAAGUCUUGCAAAGAUUCAGUAUCCCUGAGAGUGGUGAAAAGCCCUCUAAUGUGCAGGAAGCAGUUAAACUUAUACCAGAGAAGGAGGCAGCGGGACAUUUUCUGAGCCCUGCAUUUCUACAGCUCUCUCCACAUCAAGUCUGGCUGGCAACAGUUGGCAGGGAUGGACUGGUGUGCGUCUGUGAGAUUUCAACAAUGGACAGGUGUGUGCAGCUGCAGUGCCACUCAUGUUGGCAGGAUGGAGUCGGAUCUGUUUGUUUCACCCCAGACAGUCAGACCCUCAUCACCUCUGGCCUGAGGGAUGGCUCGCUUGUCUGCAGCAGGCUAAGGCUAAAGCUUUCUGGGGCUGGCAAAGCAGCUGCAGCCACCCAGUAUGGUCAAUCAGUUGCUGAUUCUUUUGAGUCAGUAGUCUCCUCAGAGAACAUUGUCCUCACCAAAAUGACUGACUGGGAUUCACAGACACAAUCCUUUACCAGAUGUGCCUCAUUUCAUACAGAAGAGGUCAAUUUUAAUGAAAAGAUGAGUCAUGAAGCUGAACAAGAGGAAAACUAUUUUGCAUCCCCAACUAGUUCUACAUGGCUUGAUAAGAAAUGUGAUGUGGUUCUCCAAGAAGAGAUUCAGCAGUAUGCAGAGACGAAGAAGAACCUAAGAAGAAACAUUAAGGUUCUUCGUGACAGAAUCAAAGCUAUGAUGGAGGAGAAUGAGAGUCUGGCAGACAUGGAGAAACUGGAGCAACAGGAAUUUAACCUGGAUGUUGAGGAGCAACAGAGACUGCAGCUGGAGGGAGAGCAGGAGGUUACCAGGGUGAGGAAGGAGAUUGAGAUGGAGAAUCUGGCUAAGUGCUAUCAGAGGGAGGUCCUGAAGAGAGAAUGCUGGGACUCCAUGCAAGUCAAAGGGAAAGCCAUUAAGGCCUUUCAUUCAGAAAAUGAGGUGAAGAAUUACCCCAUGAAGGAACGCACUGAAAAGGAACUUGAAGAGCUUCAUAGGGUCGAGACCAUGAGGCAGAUUGAACAGGAACAUUCACAACUUCAAGGGGCGAUUUUAGACACAAUCCCUGGAGAGAAAAGGGAGGAGAUGACAGAAGAGGACAGUCCUGCUCUGACUGGCAGUCUGAGUGCUCUUUAUGGAGGCGUCAACCCUUAUCUCUACAACCAGUUUAACUUAUGCGUCAGAGAGCAGAAAAUCAACCAAAUCACCUUGCUAAAGGAUGUUAUCUACAAAGUGAAGAGCACAUUCAACAAAGAAUUUGAGGCAGUUUACAAGCAGAAGGAGCAGGAAAUCAACCGUGUCAGAGAGAAGAUGAAGCGUAUCUCUGAUAUUAUGACUGAGCUGGACCUGAGUGAGACCCUGUGGGAGCCUAAUCUCACCGAUAAUGAGUGUCCAGAGAGAGCUCUUAUUGUGACCGACUCAGAGAUCAAGGUUGAGAAAUACCUCACCCCCGAGCAGAGAGAAAAAGAAGAAAAUCUAAGAGAAGAAGACAAACGGCAAAUGCUUGCAGCCAAGUCUGACAAAAUGAGAGAUCAAGCGCUCAAUGUAAUGAUGGGUGGAGUUCUGGAGCUUAAAAAAGAGGAUGUGUUGAAGACGGAAGUACCUCAGCCUGAGUUCAUGUCUAAACCUGAAGUACAGUGGACAGAAGAAGAGAGAAAGAGCUUCAAAGAGUUUGAGAAAAAAGCAAAGGAGCUCAGAGAGGAGCAGGAGAAAUACAGAAAAACACUGGAAACAGAAAUGAAGAAACUACUGACAUCUAUUAAAGAGGCUACCCAGAUGUUUGACGAAAGACUCACAAAGCUGUUUGAAAGGAAGGUGAAAUCAGAGAUGGUGAUAUACCAAGAGGAGCUCAAGAUUGCAAAUCUGGUUUACUCCAUUCAAACCGAAGAAGAGAUCCUCUGCAGAGAGAAUCAGUUGAGCCUAAAACUUGAGAAAGCACGGAUUGUAAAGAAUAAAAUUGGGGAAGAACUGAAAAAAUACAGGGAGACCGUUGAUGAGUUUAGGGAGGUGUAUGAUAACACAGUCGCUGAGGACAAACUUCUCGACAAAGGAUUUCGCAAAGAGUUUUAUGACAUCCCUGGACAUAUAACUGACCAGCUCUAUAAGCUUUACAAACGCAGACCAAGGGGUCAGAAGAUAAAAACUCAGACUGAAAACAACCCCUUUAAAGAGGGGGCGCUGUUAGGAACAGCAUCAUCUGAUGGACUCUCUCUGAUGAUGAAGGCCAUGGAAGAGUUGGAUGCUCCAGAGAACAUGCCGGAAGGAUUAGAUCCAGUCGUUUGGGAAAGAUUUAGUCUGGCCAGACGGGCCAAAGUGGAAAGUGAACAAAAGGUCAAACUAAAGGCACUGGCUCUGGCGGAGAUGCAGGCUUUUCUUCAGAGGAGAACAGAUGAGGAUGAGAAUGCUCAACUUGAAAUCAAAAAUCUCAUUGAUGAACUUAAUGGCCUUUGUGAAGAGAAGAAUAGAUUUCGACUGGACAGUAUGGUGCAGAUCCUUCUACACCAAGGCCAGGUGGAAGUGGAGGCUGGCGACUUCAUUGCAGACUACACCGAUGCUCUGCUGAUCCAUCGCGAAGUAAUUGAGGACCUGAACAGCACCAUCAGGGCUUUAGGAGAUCAGAAGAUUGCCAGCAUGGUGGAGUGUAAAGACUUCCGCAAAGGAAUCAUACAGCAGGAGUGGGAUCACAGGAGAAUGAGAAUGAAGCUGGAAGAUCUCAGCAACAAAGCCAGAGACAUACAGACCCUGCGCAUCACUCAGGAGAUUCAAGAUUACCUGACUGAAACAAGUAAUGACAACAUGGUGUUAAAGCAUCUCACAGCUCUGGAGAGGACUAGAGAUUUCCAGGAAAUGACUCAUCAAAAGAAAAUUGAGACUUGCAAGAAACAGAUAAAGCACUUGAACAGACAACAUGCACAAAUGCAAGAGAAGAACGCUGCCCUCGACUUAAGAAUAGCUGACAUGGAGAUAACUGUCACAGAGAGAGGAAAUAUUGUCGAGGCUGUUGCAAUGGGAGAUAGCAAGACGACAGAGGCAGAGAAGAACUACCAAGAUAUCAUCUUGAGAAAGAAGCUGCUGAACACAGUCAGAGCACAAUCUGAAGAGAUACUCCAACUGAGAGCAGAGGUUGAGAAACUGCGUAUGAAGAACUUCCCAGCUCUUUCUCAACGACAUUACAACUGAUUCAGGGUACAUAACAGAUUUAUUAUUUCAGCUUUUGAUUGAAAAAUAAAUUUUUCAAUAGACAGACAUGACAACACAAAAAAAGUGUAAUAAAUUACAAUACAGUUUAAUAAACCUAUCAAAAUUCACACUGCAAUGUUUUAUCAAUUCCACAUAUAAUCUGUACAUUUUCUCAAUCCAAAUGUUUUAAUGAAUAACCAGGUCUGAAAUUACAUGUUACAACCGGUUUAACAAUGUGAAAAAAAUUAAUAUAAUGACUUUCAGGUGUCUGUGAAUUCUU